UGGAGCCACGACAACGGCGAGCUGCUGCUGGUGUACGAGUACAUGUCGAACGGUAGCCUGGACCAGCACCUGUUCAGCUCGGCGCCGGGGUCUCGGCCGUGGCAGGCCCUCGGGUGAGAGCUCCGGUACAACAUCGUGCAGGGCGUGGCGUCGGCGCUGCACUACCUGCACGACCAGUUCGACCAGCGCGUGGUGCACCGCGACCUCAAGGCCUCCAACAUCAUGCUCGACGUCGCCUUCACCGCGCGCCUCGACGACUUCGGCCUGGCCCGCGCCAUCGAGACGGACAAGACCUCCUACAUGGAGGAGGCCGACGGCGGCGUGCACGGCACCGUCGGCUACAUCGCCCCCGAGUGCUUCCACACCGAGAAGGCCACGCGCGAGUCCGACGUCUACGCCUUCGGCGCCGUCAUCCUCGAGGUGGUCUGCGGUCGCCGCCCGCGCCGCGACAUCGAUGGCUUCACUUCCUCGUCGACUGGGUGUGGCGCCUCCAGCGCGACGGCCGCGCGCUCGAGGCCGUCGACCCCGGCCUCGACGACGCCUUCGACGAGGAUGACGCCGAGCGCCUGCUCAUGCUGGGCCUGGCAUGCAGCCACCCGACGCCCGCGGAGCGGCCCAAGGCGCAGAUCCUGCUGCGCUCCAUGCCCACGCCGCGGUGCCGCCGUUCAAGCCAUCCUUUGUGUGGCCGGCGACAGACGGAGGGUUCAACACCAUGUCGAGGACGGUGGGGUCGACGUCGAGCACGGUUGUGACAUCCACGUCCACGUGGAGCGGUAACUUCGCGAGGGGCAGCCAGAACCACGCACCGGGGCCGGAGCAGGGCGUGAACUACAGGUGCGUGGAGAAGAGGAAGGGGGUCUGGCGUGAUGUGUUUGUCUAAUGGACUGUGGGUUGAAUUCCAAAAACUACAGGGGCGUUUUUACAAAAACAAAACAUUUUUCUGUUUGUACCACUUAAAAACAUACCGCGGGUUGAAUAUCGAAAAAUCAAAUGAUGCUUUUGUAAAAAUGCCGCGACGGACGACAUAAGCGCUGCGCGCUUUAUUAUUAAGGGAGAUGUGUGGACGGAUUCGGAGAGUAUAUGUUUGGUAGUUAUUUCCUUACAAUUUCUUUUUCUUUUUUGUAGACCUACUUUUCAUUAUUUUGUGGGAUCUGCUCCUGCAGAUGGUUUAUUAUAUUUACGAUUUUGUAGAAUAAUAAUUUGUCAAGAGGCAAACCAAUCUUUACGGGGACUUCGUAAAUCUCAAGAUGAUAUACUGGCAUAGUCUCUCGAAAAUGCUUAUAGGAUAGUGUGUACAUAUAUGCGUUCAUAGGGGUGAGUGAAUGCGCGUGUAUAUGGACGCUUGCGUUUGUACUAUGUUUAAAAAAAACUUGUCAAGAGAGGGGUCAUUUGGAGGGGUGGAGAUGGCUCACUAAUCAGAACCUAGAUCUCGUGUGGACCAUCCUUUCCGCCAACUAAGCUGAAGUGCAAUUUUUGUUUUAA